UCCAUGUGAUAUGUGAUAAAAUACCUAAAUAUGCCCAAAACGCGUUUUGUAUAAGUAGGCUUUGGCAACUCUGCAUUUUCUUAAAUGAAAUUCGUAUAAAAUGGCUUUUAUUUAUUAACGAGAAACUUGAAUUAAAAUUUGGAUAUUAUCUCGUUAAAACGCUAAUAUGGCCUGGGCUCCAUCGACAAACUUUGAGGACGAUUUGGUUGACUUAGAGCCGAAUUUCAAUUUUAUACAUGGACAGCUAGCAUACGAAGCAAAGCGGAAGGAGGAGUAUACUCCUCGUCCAAAAUCGACGUACGAGUACCUCGCAAAUCGGCAAAAGCGCAACGAGGAAAUAGAAAAAGUACACAGCUCAAAGUCGAAGGAAAUUCGCGCCAGUCUGGCUAUGAUGGAGCGUAUACAGGAGAUAGCUGGAACCAAGCCGUUAGGUGAGCACGCGACCAUGUCAGAUUGGGACGACACAAGCACCGUGGAGAAGGAGGCGGUUGCUAUGAUGAGGCAUUUUGGCAUGAUGUCCAUGACUGAUGGCUCGCUGGCGCCUCCAAAAACUGAACCUUUGCCACACAGUAACAUCCACGUGAUUCGAAAUGGUCGACGAAACUUUCCAUUAAUCUUGGAUCCCAAGUAUUUCGAGCCUGGAAAGACACGCCAAGGGAGUAACUCGAGUUAUAGCUCGGCAACAAGCGGAACUAACACCACACAAGCCUCCGAGUCUGGAAGUAGUGUUUAUGCCACUGCCAACUCACAUUUGGAUACAGAUAGCAGUCAAGAUGAACAAAGUUACUGCGAAAUUCCGUAUACGUUACUCGAAGAAACAUUGGAACCAAAACUGAACCAUCCUCCAAAGCCGCAUAAAACCAAAAAGAAUAGAGCAAGUCGUCCGUCCCAAAGUCAGCGGCUUCAGAUGGGCACAACGAACAGGCGCCAUUAUCUAUAAGGAUCUAUGGAGGAGCCAUUGUCAAGUGAUAUAAUCUCCAAUACAUAUCGGAUAUUACAGUAUGGAAUGAGAACAUGAGGCCUUAAAUGAAACCUAAAGUAAUGUGAUCCAUAAAUUUAAUUUAGAAUAGUAAUAAAUGGGGUCUUAUAUAUAUAAUAAAUAAAUAUUAUUAAAAUCGGCGAAAUUGAAAAACUUGUGUUUUAACAAGUUAAAGCCAUUCAACUAUAGAAAACGUAAAUUAACAUAAAGAUUCCGCAUCCGCAUCUGAAAAUGCGCGUUAAAAUUUGAUAAGAGUAAAAGAUAUAUCGAACUUAUUUUUUUAUUUUGUUUAAAAUAAGCUAACCUUUUCUUAUAAUAGUUCCUUUAAAUUUAAGUCCGUUAAUUUCUCGUGGUGAAAUUGUCAAUUUCUUUUGGUUGUUGAACUGAUCACAAAUAUUUUCAAGUUUUAACAUGAUGUGAUCAACCAAUAAUAUGUUAAGCUAUGAAUAAAAGUAAAUAUUUUUAUAUAAGAAAAAGCUAAAUUUAACAAAAUCUUUUAAGAUUAUUUUUACAACCCAAAUUCUUAGUGGUCCGUAACAGGGUUCGUUCAGGUUCGCGAUCCUGGUUUAACGCGUUCAUGAAUCCCGAUUUUGAUCCUUGGCUCGUCUCAUUUCUUCCGGUAUUAAACAAAUUAGUUAAUUAAUUGCUUACAUAUUUUUAUUUAUCGAAGUUGUUUUAUUUUCAUAUUUAGAGUAUAAAGAUAACAUAGCAUUGCGGCCAAUAAAAUUAUUGUUUAAAUACAA